AUGGAAGAUCUCCAGAGAGAACGUCAGCGGAUGAUGCGUCGCCAUUGCCGUGAAAAGGAAGAACUAGAGGCCCAAAUCCAAAGCAUGAAGCGCUCCGUCCCCAAGAGCGACAAAAAGCAAAGAAAGCAAUUGCGCCUCGACACGACUCGCCUCCAGGCUGAGAUGGAACAGAGGCAUCAGCAGGAGUUAGAGAAGUUCCAAGAGAACUUCCCUGGUAACGGCACUCUGGAUUCUAUCACCGAAAAUCUGGCUAAGAUGAAUCUCGAGAACCAGCACCCCCACACCUCUAGGGCACAGAAAAGGCGAGAAAGAAAGGAGGCCCUGGAGAGAGAAGAACAGGAAAGGAUCCUUGUGGCUGAGAUGGAGCAUCUGGCCAGCUUCCGCCUAGAGGAGGAGAAAAAGCUCGCAACCAUCUUGGGUGCCAAGUAUCUGGAAAUGAAGGAAAUCCCUGCUGACAGCCACUGCAUGUACCGCGCCAUCCAAGACCAGCUGGUGUUCUCCGUGACGGUUGAGAGCUUGCGCCGCCGCACAGCUGACUACUUGCGGAAGCACGUCGAUGACUUUCUGCCCUUCUUCAGCGACCCUGAAACGGGUGACGCCUAUGAUCCUACGGACUUUAUGGCCCACUGCGACAACAUCGUUUCCCGCGGAUCGUGGGGUGGCCAGCUGGAGCUGAGGGCCCUGUCGCACGUCCUGCAGACCCCCAUCGAAGUGGUCCAGGCCAAUUCACCUUCCUUGCUCGUCGGGGAGGAAUACCACAAGAAGCCGCUCACCCUAGUCUACGUGCACUACGCCCGCAGCCUCGGGGAGCACUACAAUUCCGUGAAGCCACUCGAGGCCAGUGCGGCGAGCAGCGCCGCCCCGCGCCUCUUCUAG